AUGGGGUCCGACACCAAUGCUCAGUAUGUGCCCGAAGAAACUGAUCCCGCUAAGAUCAUCGUUGAGCUAUGCAAAUUGUUCUAUGCGCAGGGCUGGGUUACAGGCACCGCGGGAGGUAUGAGCAUCAAAGACGGCGACCUUGUCUACGUUGCUCCCAGCGGAGUGCAGAAGGAACGUAUGAACCCGGUGGAUCUAUUUGUGUACGACACCAAAUCCAAAACAUACGUCUCCAAACCGGAACUUUACAAGCCAUCUGCUUGCACUCCGUUGUUCAUGGCGUGCUACGAGCAACGCAGGGCUGGUGCAUGCAUCCACACCCAUUCCCAGAACGCCGUCAUGGCGUCGUUGUUAUGGGGUAGAGAAUUCCGCAUAGCCAACAUCGAGCAGGUCAAGGCAAUUCCCAAAGUAGUCGAGCCUGGAAACCUCAGCUUUUUCGAUACUCUGGUCAUUCCCAUCAUUGAAAACACCGCGCACGAAGAGGAUCUGGCGCCGGAUCUCGAAAAGGCCCUGCUUGAGUACCCAAUGGCUCCGGCAGUUUUGGUACGUCGUCACGGCCUCUAUGUGUGGGGCGCCAACGUCUGGAAAGCCAAGAUCAUCAACGAGGCUAUCGACUAUCUGCUUGAAUUGGCCGUCAAGAUGCGUCACGCUGGAAUUGAUCCUGCCGGAGAUAUUGGCAGCGAACAGCUCACCCGUAAAAUAUAG